AUGGACAAUAAUUAUCAACCGAUCUCUCCUCCCAGUGUCUUUCGACCCCGCAGAUCCGAUGAUUGGCACGAAUAUCGCGAGAUCAUCGAACAACUCUAUCGAAAUGAUCAGUUAAAACUACGAGAUGUGAAACGCAUCAUGGAACGGGAUUAUAAGUUCUUUGCCUCAGAAAAGCAAUACAAAGAUCGUCUUGCCGCAUGGCAUGUCCGAAAGAAUAUCAAAGCCAAAGAGGUCCACCUGAUGCUUCGCAAACAACAGAAGCGCGCCGCCCAAGGGAAACAGACUGCCUUCCGGGUGAAUGGGCAAAACGUCGACCCCAAACGAAUCGCUCGCUUCGUUCGUCGCUAUGGAACUUCCUGGGAUACCACUCGAGGCAAAGAGCCAGAGCCAGAGACCGGACCAGAGAGCCCUGAACCUCAAACCCCCUCCGACAUGACCUGCUACACCCCAGAACCAGCCGAUGACAUCGGCGUAGCGACACCCAUGUCAUCACUCCCAGAGAUGAACUCGCCCCGCGACAUGUCAACCUACCCCAUCAAUCCAUAUGGUAAAUCCACGGGCCCGCAUCCACCGACCAACCCCAUACACACACGUAUUGAUGGUCGGUAUCUCACUCUAGACCCAAACCACAUCGAAAGCCUCCCAGAUUUGAUCAUAGACGAGGACUCGAAUCUCCCCCUGGCCAUGCAAUCUAAUCGCCAAUACCACCCAAUAGCGAAUCUGCCACCCCAUCCUCAUUCCCGCGUACAUGCGCACCCAGGCCAGGGCCCGGGUCCGGGCCCGGUACCGCGCACUAUGAACGACGUCCCUAAUGAGGUCGACAAUCACCCGCCGGAUUGGAACACCGUGGAGUCGUUCCAGACGAGGUUGCAGGGGCUGGACUUUACGCUUACGCAGACUAUGUCGAAGUGGGCGCGGGAUCAGGAUCCUAAUCAGGAGAUUCCUCAUCACGAGGGAUUGGGGAUGUGA